AUGUCGCUCGAGGAAGAGGAGGAGGACGACGCGAAGAAGACAAAGAUAAAGACCGAAGAGAAGAAGAAAAAGAAGAAAGAAAAGCAGAAGUGCAUCACGAUCACUUUAACCAGUCGAAACAAACGGAAAACGAUCACGAACGUCGCGGGGUUUGAACAUUUCUCGAGCACAUUCCAAGACGGAAACUUGAAAGAAGUCGCCAAGACGUUGGGGAAGAAAUUCGCGUGCGGAUGUUCGGUGACGAAAGGAGCGACGAAUCAAGACGAGAUUGAUUUACAAGGAGACUACGGAGAACAGAUUAAGGAGAUUUUAGUGCAAAAGUGGAAGAUGGAGGAGGAGUUAGUGGUUGUGGUGGAUAAAUCGAAGAAGUAA